ACAGUGCCUUUCCUUUUGAUUAUUCGCACUAUUACUGUCAUCAGACUCAUCAAGGAUCUUGAAUAACACUACUUCUGGACGCGUAAAAAUGCCCCAUCAUCAUCACGAUAAUUGUAGCCAUGAGGGUCACGACCACGACCACAGUUCUUCGGACUCAACUGGGCCAAAUGAUAACUUGUUCACUCACAUCGAUCGGUCGAACGUAGUUGCUUUGAAUGCAGGGGGACAAGGCUCUGAAAUCAUAAAACCAUGGGAUAAGCGUCUAGAUGAAGAAGUGUUUCUGGAAUCCGAUUCAGACGAUCAACUAAUAUUGCGUGUACCUUUCACGGGUGCUGUCAGGCUUCGGUCUUUACUCCUGAAGACAGGUCCAGGUGAUCAAACACCCACCAAAGUGGCUUUGUUUGCCAAUGAACAAAGCUUGGAUUUCGACGAUGUAAACGAUAAGUCUCCCACUCAAGAGUUCGACAUAGCGCAAGGAAGAGAAGUAGGUGAAUAUGCUGUUAAAACUGCAAAAUUCUCUACCUUAUCUGGUAUCACCCUAUUUUUCCCUGCAGCGCAGGGUGCGGACAACACCCGAAUAUACUUUGUGGGCUUCUUGGGCCAUUGGUCCGAGCGCAAGAAUAACCCAUUUAUCACGGUAUAUGAAGCGCAAGCCAAUCUUGCCGAUCACGAAAAAAUUCAAGGGACAGAGGGCAAUUUUAGCACCUCACAAUCGUAGUGUACCGCGCAAAAUGCCGUUUUGACAGUCAUAUAGUGUCGCGAAUCACACCUGCUGUUUAGUUGUUCAAGACACAGAACCAGAUAAAAGGAUAUUUCAAAUAUGUGGCCCUUUAUGAUUGUCUACCAUAGUGUGUCCCUCUCAUGCCCACAGCCAAAAUAUGUACCAUAAUAUCACCUCAACUGGGCUUAGCAUUUUGCGAACCUUCUGCGCUACGCUGCAUGAACGAUUGCAGGAUCUCGGAACUCAGGUUUCCCAUUCCUCCGUGCGCACCAGUAACUCCUGAUCCUUGGGCGACACCAGAAGAGGGAUUCCCUCC